UGUCCAUACAAACAUAUAUCAGUUAACCACUCUCCGCUCUCGCUGGAUGCACGUUUUAUUAAGUGACAAUACCCCGAGUUCUGUGCUACCAUAGCUUGUACUACUGCUGUCGCAACAGUGGCGAAACUAAUGGAUGUGGUAGUGAUAGGAUGUGGCGCGUCCGGCGUCGCAGCUAUCAGGCGGUUGCACGACGCUGGCCUGAAGGUUCUGGGUCUGGAGGCCGCCGACAGGAUCGGGGGCAGAAUAUGUACAGUUCCGUUCGCGUCAGGCACCGUCGACAUCGGCGCCGCUUGGUGUCACGGUGAAAAAGACAACGUAGUCUUCGAGAUUACAAACCCGUUGGAUCUGCUGGGAAGGCAGGACCCUUUCGAGAAUAUCUACGUGUUGUCCAACGGAGAUCUGGUGGAUAGAGAAAAGGGUGCGACCAUCAUAGGAGCUCUCAAUGAUGAGGUCGCGAAAGCUGACAAAAACAACUCUAAUUCAAUCUCUGAAUGUGUCAGAAAGGCAGCUAAAUCCAACGAGCUUUUAAAAAACAAUGGUCAGCUUACUGCAACAUUCGUGGAGUGGUUUGAAAGGUCUAACCACGUCGGUGGGCAGAGGGACCCUCGUAGGGGCAAAUCUCUAAAGGGACUGGAGGAGUGCUGGCCAUGUGCCGGCGAGGUCUUUCUAAACUGGAAAGGCAGAGGAUAUAAAACAAUUUUGGACGUUUUAUUGAGUAUAUACCCAGACCCUUCAAAAGAGAUACCAGUGCCGAUUCUAUUGAACAAGGAAGUAGAAAGCAUCCGUUGGGGCACCAAUCAACCAGGGCUCGACUCCAAUAACCCACUGGUGCAUGUCAAGUGUACAGACGGCAGUCUUUAUUCAGCCAAGAGUGUGAUUGUCACGGUGUCUGUAGGCGUCUUACAAGAAAGACACAAUACACUUUUCAACCCUUCACUGCCAGAAGAAAAAAUAAACACUAUUAAUAAUCUCCAAUUGGCCGUAUUGGGCAAGAUUUACAUUGAAUUCGAGAGGCCAUGGUUUCCAAAAACUGCCAACUUCACAGUGUUAUGGCGGGAAGAAGACAAAAGCAAGUUUUCAGCCGACGAGAAAUGGAUCACGGAAAUAUAUGGUCUCUGGACGGUAGAUCAUCAACCUAACGUUCUUCUAGCUUGGACAUACGGAAACGGCACUGAACUGAUGGAGAAAGUAAGCUUAGAAGGCGUAAAGGAUGGGAUUCAGAAACUGCUCAAUGUGGUUUUUAAAAAACAAUUUGAUGUGACUCCAAUAAAAUCAGUUAUAAGAUCGCAAUGGGCUUCAAAUCCUCUAGCGAGAGGCGCGUACUCAUACCGCUGCGUCGCCUCAGAAGAGAAUAGAAGUAGCGCGAUCCUUCUCAGUGAGCCUUUGUACCGCACCAACAAGUUCCCGGUGGUGUGCUUUGGAGGCGAGGCGACCUCCCACCACCGGCACAACUCCGUGCAUGGCGCCGUGGAAGCUGGGUUCCGAGAAGCGGACCGACUCAUCGAGAGUUUCAAGAGAUUAGAUAUUAAGUGAAACAACAAAUUAUGUACUUAUAUUGAAAAUAAACAUUAAAUUUUUUUAUUUUUAUGAUUAUA